AAACCAGCAGCUCAGAGUCGGAAGGUUCUGGCAAUUGGAAUGGAGAUGCCCCAUUGCGCGAUAUGCAAAGAUGAUAUACUUACAUUCGAUUUCUCGACUCCACCUGACGUCCCGCUCACACAGGUUGUAAGCGCAGCAGUGGAUAUGUGCUUGGUCUGGCCCUACGCUGGUCGCAGUACACUGGAUUCAUCCUCUCUCCCCGGCUGAAAAGAGCUUGCGGCUCAACUGUCCAGAACAAAACAUCAGGACAGAUCGGGUUUUUCUGUUCGCCACCGCAUGGCCGAGGCCGACAAAAACUUCAUCUACGCCGACGUGUAUGCGGGUUGCGGGUACAUAUGUCGUCGCUGGUUUGGUGUGUUGGCUCAGAUCAGGCGAUCGAUCAACUCGGCUGUUUGUUGCCCCAAUCCCUUCCCUUGGAUGAAAGCGGCCUUGUUUGGCUCAGGCUUGCAAUUAACACAAUUCCGAACCUGCGGCCUUUGUGCUAAAGA